CACCCGGGACGGUUGCCAUCUAGCGACCAGCAGGACGGGAACGGCUUCAGGUGUAAACAGGCGCUGGUAGAAUUUCCCGUCAGUCGUGUGGCUGCAAGCUGGCAGUUUUUACCAACAGCAUCGACUGUUGAAGAUACUGGCUCAGCAAGGUUUUGAAGAACUGAAAUCUACAGUGUGUGGGAAUUGAAGCUCUCCGUGGGCGACGGCAAGGAUGCGAGUACCUGUGAUUGUGAUGACGGUGGUGGGGGCGUGUGUGGGCAUAUCCUGGCCUGCUGAGCCCGAGUCAAUAUGGGGUCCCUUUACUCCACUCACACCUGUUGGCGCACUCUUAUUCGAGUCCGUACCCGCCCGUGUACCCGCCCGUGCACCCGCACAAGCAGCCGGACGUGAAUCCGGACGUGCACCCGCACAAGCAGCCGGACGUGAACCCACCCGUGCACCCGCGCAAGCAGCCGGACGUGAUCCCGGACGUGCACCCGCACAAGCAGCCAGACCUGAACCCGGACGUGCACCCACACAAGCAACCGGACAAGCACCCGGACAAACACCCUCACAAGCAGCCGGACAAGCACCCGGACAUACACCCUCACAAGCAUUUGGACAUACACCCGGACAAGCACCCGGACAAGCACCAGGACAUACAGCAACAGCUGUGGCCAUCGAGCUUGGUAACCGUAUCCAGGAGUUGGCGUUGGACCUGUCAGCAGAGAUCAGCGAGGACUCCACGGUGACUUUCUCUCCCAUAAGUGUGACUGCCCUACUCUCAGUGUUACUGCUAGGAGCUCGCGACAUCUCCUAUCAGCAGCUAUACAAUAUUUUUCAUCUCCCUGCUGGUAUAGCUGAGGCCUCAUUCCAUAAGCACUUCCAGGAGCUCAUCGAGUCAAUCACCCAGCGCAGCCCAGGCGUCACAAUAAACAUAGCCACUGGUCUCUUCCUCGGGAAAGAAGCUGAUGUCUUAUCUGAUUUCACCAGCAGUGCACGUGUGCAUUACGACAGUGAAGUCCGUACCUUGGAUUUCCGCGAUAAUUCCGUGGGUGCUACUAAAGCCAUCAACGAGUGGGUAAAACUACGGACAGAGGGUAUGAUUCCGGAACUACUAACUCAGCCACUCAGCUCUCAGACUGUGUUUGUGGCAACCAACACCGUUUUUUUCAACGGCACUUGGGAGACACCAUUUAACCCUUCAUUUACUACUGAUGCACCUUUUGAAACUGGAACUGAAACUCUUCAGGUGCCCAUGAUGCUUUCUAUUUUGGAUGUACCCUAUAUAGACAUUCCUGAUAUGGAUGCUCACAUGAUAGCCCUACCUUACAAAGGUGGUCGUUUUGCCAUGUUCAUUCUGAUGCCUCUAGGCCCUGUAACCGCUAACCUGGGGGAUCUUGAGCUUCGUUUAGAGGCAAAUGUUAUUAAUAAUCUCAUCAAGAACAUGGUCAACACCAAAGUUAGCGUGGGUUUACCCAGAAUGCGCCUCAGCUACAAAACUAGCCUCAAGAAACCUCUCGCAACUCUUGGUGCUGAUUCUAUUUUCCACCCUCAGAAAGCUGACUUCAGUAAACUGACAGCGAAUCAGCAGGUGUGGGUGGACGACGUGAUCCACGAGACUGUGAUAGAGAUCUCUGAAACAGGGACGAAGGCCGCUGCUAGCAGCUCUGCUUCUGGAAACCGCGUAGGAAGUACCGAGAGAUUUGUUGUUAACCGGCCAGUUAUCUUCUUCAUCCGGGACUUACGAUCAGGGCUUCCUCUCUUUUGGGGAAGGUUGAUAAAGCCUGAAAUACUAGGUCAAGCCUCAGGCUGAGUCUCAAAGUGAGGUAGAUUAAGAAUGUUGAUAUUACUGUUAUUUUAAGUCUCGUAAGAAGAACUAAGGUUGGAGGUAGCUGCCUGCUCCGGAACUCACUCUGGAUGUCUCCAUGUCGCGAAGGAAAUACCUAAAGUGCUCUUCAUUACUUGCUAGAGCUUUCGAUAUUUGUUUUGCAUUAAUUUAAAUUAAAUCAAGACCUGCUCUUGAUGAUGUAGAUGGUACAAAAUAUGUAGUUGUAAAUAUAUGUAUAUUAAUGCAUUUAAUGCAUUCAGCUACUGUA